UAAAAUCAUAGAAAAGGUAUUGGUUUACGAAAAAUUCUACAUGUCGUAUAAGUUUUUAUGACACCGACAGUUCCCGCGGAAGAUUGAGACGCCCACCAACACAUGAUGCGCAACAGCUUCAAGAGCAUAAGAGCAUUAUAUGAUAAGACAAAACUAAUGUAGGGGAACGGCGUAAAACUAAAAGGAGCUGAGAUGACUGAAUCUGACAUUGUGAAACAACGGACAGUGAGUUUCUUCAAGGAUGAAGAGGUGGUGGAAAUUUCCCUUAGCAACCAGCCAGCAGAUCCUGGCAGUAGAGAUGAGUCCACACAUAUAGCAGAGUUUGAAUUGCAGUUGGCAUCAAUCUAUGUUUUAGAUGCUUCAGCUGGCCGGUCUGUUCAGUUUUAUACAAACGAAAAAGCUGUAAGGUACUACAAACUAUAUCACAAUCCAAUACUAAAGUGGGCAUUGACAUUAUGUAUUACAAUAAACCUGUUGUUGGUACUGUGUGAGACGCCUACAGCUGUAAAGGGUCUUGCACUGCCAUCUUGGGCCACAAUGGUGAUAGAAACUGCAUGUAUUGCUUUCUUCAUAUCUCGAUUUAUUCACGGCUGGUCAUUUACCAAAAACUUCUGGAAGGAUGAGAAAAAUAUCAUUGUUUUAAUCACAGUCAUACUGAUAGUUGUAGACAUGCUGGUGAAUGUCGUCAUGCUGUUGGUUGGCAUGGAAACAGUGAGAUGGUCACGCGCCUUCAGGCCUCUCUUUGUUAUCAACUUUGCAGAAGGUCGGCAGAUUCGGCGAGCGUUUAGGAACAUUAGGCGCACCCUGGCUGACAUUAUUAAUGUCUUGGUCCUGUUUUUUGUAACAUUGGCGAUAUUCACGCUUAUGGCAACCAAGAUUUUCAUUCAGAAGCAGCUGACCUUCCGUGAUGGCUCACCGUAUUUCCAUAGCUACUUCGAGUCAUUUUACCAGUUGUUUGUGUUGGUCACCACUUCCAACAGUCCUGACGUCAUGAUGCCAGCCUAUGAUCAGAGCAGAUGGAAUGCAUUGUUCUUCAUUGUCUACAUCAUCGUCUGCUUGUUCGUGUUCAUGAGCAUCAUUCUUGCUGUCAUUUUUAGCAACUACAAGAAAAAUAUGGAGCAACAGGCAAUGGUCACUGGACGGAAUGCGGCCGGGUAUUUCCGGCUGGGUUUCGAUUUGUUCAUCCUGGUGAAUGCCAUCUUCCUUGGAGCAGGCUUCGACAAACUCGAGAUAUUCUUCCUAGUGCUCUUCAGUCUUGAGAUCUUGAUGAAGUUGUAUACGUUUGGCUGGACACUGUUCAUCUCCAGGUUUUGGAACAUAUUUGAUUUCAUUGUGAUUGGAGGAGCUCUCGUUGGAACUCUGAUAGAAGCUAUGACUGGGGAAUUGGCAUAUCUCAGCCUACUGCUAGAUAUCCUUUUGGUGCUGCGAGUGGUCAGGCUUACCAAGACACUCUCCAACUAUGAACGGUUUCAUGUUAUUCUGUCUACGAUGGUGAGCAUCCUACCGUCUAUCCUCACCUACGGCAGUGUGAUAUUUGUCUUUUACUACAUCUAUGCUAUUAUUGGAAUGGAGGUUUUUGGAGGAUUGAUUACUUACCAUGGUUACGAUGGGCUGAAUGACACUGAACUGUUUUGUGGCAAUGCAAAACUGGAAGGCUCUGAAUUCUACACAUUGCGCUACUGCAACAAUAACUUUAAUGAUUUCCUCAGUUCGAUGGUGGUGCUCUUUGAGUUGACAGUUGUCAACCAGUGGCAUGUGAUCACUGAAGGCCACGUUCUCGUGACAAGCCGGGCUGCAAGGCUAUACUUCAUCAGUUUUUAUAUCAUCUGCGUACUAAUCUUGCUGAACAUCUUCACGGCGUUUGUGCUAGAAGCAUUUCUUAUCGAGUACUCCUUCUCUAAGAGCCAAUAUGAGACGGCAAUUGAGCGAAAAAUUUUCGACAUGGGACUCGGAUUCAAACAACUAGAGUCAAUAAAGGAGGACAAGUGUGACCUAGUGACCAACAUGGAAGAAGAUUUGGAGGAGGACAGACGGCCAGGUGCAAUCUCCCAGUUCCUGACAGGUGGCACAAGAGCAGAUUCACUGGAAAGUUUACCGGAUCUGUCCUCAGAGUCUGGAAUCAAAUUCCACAUUUCAAAAUCGGGGCAUAGAAAUAUGGAGGUUCUUCUGCAGAGAAUGUUUUCGGAUUCUCUUAAUGGAAAAAUUCUGACCCUGGAAAGGUCGGAGACAGAUGCCACACUGGUUCCACCCCCGAUCACUGGCACUCCUCUGGAGGAAGCUGUGGAGGACGAGAUAGUGGUAGAGAAAGCUGAAACUGUUGUAGAGAAGUCGGUACAGGGAGAGGGGGAGAAUACCAAAUGUGCUGUAGAUGUGGCACAAGAAGAUGACAGUUGCAGAGGUAAGUCGAAGUUGGAUGUCAGGAGAGGUCUAGCGUAUCCCAAGAGACCUAAGAGAAGUAAGAAAAAGCGGGAAACCACCAGUUUAAAUAUCGUUGAUGAUUCUUUGGAUUUACCAGCAAGUGCUGUGUAGCAGCGUAUAAUGUAAUAGUAAUGAUGAAAUAUAAUACAAAAUGUUUCGUGCAUAUUACGGCAUAAAUACAGCAAUACCCUGCUUUCCACUACACAUAAGCAACGCAUUCCAAUAAAAAUGUUCAUAGCUCUGUAACAUGAAUAACGUUUUCAUAUUGGCUCCCAUUAUAAAAUUUUAAAAUUCAUUUCUCUGGGAAUUUUAAUUGCGAAAAUAAUGGUAAUCUCCAGUUUCCCUUAACACAAGUGAAAUUAUGAAUGUGAAUACACAUUGUUGAAGUCGUAGAUUAAUUAAUUACUAAUAAAUGUAACACAGCAUGAUAUUAUUAGUAGGGAAAGGGAGUUGGAGAAAAUAAGAAUUGGUCUCAUUUACGUCGAAUAAACUGGACGCAGUGCACUAAAUGCAAGGUUAAUUCCAUGUAAACUGCAGAUGUA